GGGGAUUCCCCGGGGCUGGCGCCGGGGGAAGUCCCUGCGCGCGGGUACAAGAGAGCGGCGCGGCGGAGCGCUCCCCAGGCCGGCAGUCCCCAGCCAUGUCGCGCGGCCUCCGGCUCCUGCUCCUGAGCUGCGCCUGCAGCCUGGCGCCCGCGGCGCGGGAGGUGAAGGUGGCUUGCUCCGAGGCGGUGGACUUGCCGUGCGCCGUCCGCAGGGAGCCCCGGGGCCCCUACGACGUGUCCUGGGCCAAGCUCACAGAGGGCGGCGAGGAGAAGAUUGAGGAGCUCCGGGACGGUCUGCACUCUCAGAAGGAAGGCUCCUUAGCGGCCCCCGAGGAAAGGCUGCACUUGAAGAUCCGAAACACUACCACCUCCGACUCAGGGACAUACAGGUGCACCGUGGAGGAGCUGGACGGGCAGAGAAACCAAAGCGGCACUGUGACCUUGAAGGUGACAGGAUGCCCUAAGGAACGCAAAGAGACUUUUCAGAAAUACAGAGCUGAGAUUGUACUGCUGCUGGCUCUGGUCGUCUUCUACUUAACACUCAUUAUUUUCACUUGUAAGUUUGCACAACAACAGAGUAUUUUUCCAGAUUUUUCUAAGCCUCGCAUGGAACGAGCUUUUCUCCCGGUCACCUCCCCACAUAAGCAUUUGGAGUCAGUGACUUUUCACAAGACAGAAGUGGUAUGAGCAGGAUCUCUGCAGGUUGUUUUUCCUAAAGGCGAAGAAGGCUCAGUGGUGUGCCUGUAUGUCCCACAGGACAAGAGAAGAAUGAGCCCCCACACCGAAGAAGGCAUUCCUUCCUGUGAAGUCCUUCUGAAAUCCCUGACAGCAGGUCCCGGCCCACUUUUUGUGAGCAGGACUUUGGAAGCCAUUACAUGACCAUGUAGCAUGGGGCCACCUGCAGGGAGUCCCUCGUGCUGCUGCUUCACAGCUACCUUUUAGCAUUUUUCUCAGCUAUCUGGUCAACCUCUUGGAAAUCUUUUCAGUCAUAUACAAGCUAUGGUGAGACACAGUUGGAAAAGGGUCUUGGGAAAUUCUGAUGCCUGGAGCUGGCCCUGUGAUAGACUCUCGACGACUGCCGUCCUCUGCACAUCUGGGAAACAUCUUUUUGAAUUUGCUGUGUUUUCUUGUACUAACCCAGAUGGUUUAUGUCUGGGAGAAAUCGACAGGCCAAACUGUAAGACAGUGGGGAAUAUUUAGCAAAUAAUUUCCUGGUGUGAAGGCUCUGCUAGAACUAAGGAGUAUUUCUGUACAUAGAAAUAACAAGUUGAUGAAGUGUUCCCCAAUGGGGCUUUUUCAUCUGGGAAAGACACCCAUAAGGAAGCAAUAAAGAAGAGUGCCACAUUUAUUUUUAAAUCCAUAGAUACCUGUCAAAGAAGGAUUUGUCUUGUUUUCUCCUUUAGAAAUCUACAUCUGUAGUUGUCAGGGCUGACAGACAAGUCACCUCAGUAUGGAGAGUAAGUACAAUGUCAGAGAAGCCAGAGAACAUGACCACAGGAUAGUGAGCUAGGUGAUGACCUGAUGGAAAUGUUGGGCCGAUUGUGUAAUCUGGGCUCUAGCCCGUUGUCCCACUACCUGACUGUAUGAUCUCAAUCAUGGUCUUCAUGAUUUCUACUUUUUCAAUGGUAAACCGAAAGGUUGUUGUCUGAGUAGAUUGCAAUAACAUAUGUGGAAAUGCUUUGGAAAAGCAUAAAGCACUAUAAAAAUUUGAAGCUCUA